GAUUAUUCUGACAUCGUUUGUCGUUGAGUAAACACACGUUAAGAGUACGUCCGUGAUAAAAAAAUAAAAGAAAAAAAUAUAAAAAUUUCUUUUAAAAGAAACAAAAAAUUUUUGAGAAUUUAUCAAAAGAAAUAAAUACAAAGUGAUAAAAAGAAAAGUUUUAAUAACUUUCUUAACAAUAUUAAUAAAAAAGAAAAUCUAUGAUUUCAUUGGAAUUAUAAAAAAUCUGAAAUAAAAAAGUGCUUACUUAUAACCCCACCAUACCCAAGGACUAAAAAAAAUAAACAAAUUGUUUAUGUGUUGUGAUUAGUUAUAAACAAAAAGUUUUUAACUAUUAAAAACUUAAACACGCCAAAACGGAUUUAACAAGUGAAAUACAAACGGAGACGCCCAGCGCUUUAUUAAAACGCGUAUUUAUGACUAAAAUGAUUCCGCCGGUACCCACAUCAGCAGUCAUGAUGCCUACGCCUAAACAAAAGAUCGGCUUUAGCAUUGAGUCGAUCGUUGGCAAUGAUGCCUCCUCGGCCACAAAUACCGUCGGUGAAAAUUUAAACGGUUCCACUAGUACAAAUUCCGAUGACAACAACUCCACCACAAAUCCCUCCUCGCCACCACAAACACCACCAGCCGGUAUCACCUCAUUGCCUGGUUUACACAAUCCUCAUAUGUUGUCGCAACAUCCUCAUAUGGCUCAUCAUUUGUCGAUGGCCCAACAACAAGCUUUGCAUCAACAUUUGCUGAUGCAACAUCAACAGCAGCAACAACAGCAAAACUCACAAAAACCUGAUAUAUCGGAUAUUAUACAACGUUUACAUAAUUCAGCCCAAGCGGCUCAUUUGAAUAGCUCCAAUGGUCCUUACAGUCCUCCCGCCCAUACACGUCUCUCUCCAGAUCAUGAGUCUGUCAAUAACCAACAUCCUGCACCUCAAAUUCACAGUCUGAAACGUGAAAGAUCGCCCGAAAGAGGCAAUGAAAAUGUACAAAAUCCUGCACAACGUCAUCAACCUCCACAUACACCACCCAAAUCAGUGUCACCUCAGUCUUCAUCACAUGCUUCCCCACCGCCUGCCAAUAUGUGCAACAGUCCCGCCACUCCUCAGCAUUAUGGUAAACCUUUAACGAAUCCCAUGACACCGGGUUCAAUGCCUAUGUUAGUACCUGGUAUGCCUCCUGCUAAUAUAGUGAGACCUUUUCCCAUGGGCCCUGGACAAGCACCACCACCACCUCAUGUAACACAACCUGGAAUGCCUGAUAUUAAAGCUUUACCUCCCUACAUAAAUGCACCACCAGAAAUGCCUCCUCAACACAAUCCUCAUUUAAUAGCAGCUGCUCAAUUCCAAAUGGCUUUACAGGCCGGACAUGUUUUGGGACCAGCAGCUGCUGCUGCGGCCGCUGCCGGUUUACCUCCUCAUGCUGGACCCUUUAUGCCUGGUCCCGGCAUGCCCAGAGAUAGUUAUCCCUUGUAUCCCUGGCUUUUAAGUCGUCAUGGCAGAAUAUUUCCUCAUCGUUUCCCAGGAAAUUUCUUGCUACAACCUUUCCGCAAACCUAAACGCAUACGCACCGCUUUCUCACCUUCACAACUUUUGAAAUUGGAACAUGCCUUCGAAAGCAAUCAAUAUGUUGUGGGAGCCGAACGUAAAGCCUUAGCACAAUCCCUCAAUUUAAGCGAAACACAAGUCAAAGUUUGGUUCCAAAACCGACGCACCAAACACAAACGCAUGCAACAGGAAGAUGGCAAAGAAGGCUCCGACAGAAACUCACAAAACGCCAGCUGCGAUGAAGAUGAUGAUGAACUCAUCGAUAUGGAAAUGGAUGACUGUGGCAGUGAUGAUGAACAUGAAUACGAACAAAGUCAUUAAAAGUUUUAAAAAACGGUUAUUGGAUUCUGGGAAUCCUUGUGUAAAUAUACCAAAUUGUAAAAGCGUGUUGUGAGUUCCUUAUUUAUGUUAUUUGUGUUGUGAAGCUGCUGGAGAAUGUAAAGCAAAAGCGAAACAAAACGUCGAGAGUUAAAAUAUCUAAACCAGUCCUGAGUUUUAGUUAAAAACAAAAUGUUAAGAAAAUCUCAGUUUUGUUUUAGGUUGUUUGUGACUUGUGAUAUAUUUCUAACAUUAUUAUCAUUCCUAUAAUGAUAAUUUUAUUUAGAACGAAUUUUUUGUAUUAAUUUGUGUCUACUUUUUUAUUAAUAAUAUUUUAAAGAAUUUUUGUAAAUUGUAUAUAGAUUCAUGUAGGGAAAUUAGCUAAGAGCUUUUACUUUCCUUUAUUUUUAAAUUGCUAAACAAAGUCAUACAUACAUACAUAUAUUGAUUUUAAAUUUAUAAUAAUUUUCAUCUUGAUUAGAAAAAUUUAUUCAUAUUCAUUCUCAAA